AUGAAGUGGUACGCAUCGAAAGUAUCUUUCUUACUUUCAUCAACAAAUGUACCCGUCAUUCUAAAACUUCCAAUUUUAUUUUUAUCCGUCGGUGUUAUCGGUGUGUGCAUAUCAGCAACUGUUAUUUUAUCAUUGAUCAGUAUCUAUAUUCCAAAUCAUGCAACAGGGAGUACAUGCCCAAUUUCAUUUUUCCCAAUGCUUUCUCAAUUUGUUGGUCGUGGACCAACAGCAAUUCGAGCUGCACAUUUAGAUAACGAUUGUUUCCUGGAUAUUGUUGUUGCUAACUACGACGAAGGUAGUGCAAUUGUAUUGUUCGGCUUAGGCAACGGUAGUUUUAGUCGACAAAUAACAAUUUUUAAUCAAACAAAUGCCGGCACAAAUGGUAUUGCUAUCGGUCUUAUCAAUAAUGAUACUCACAUGGAUAUUGUUCUUGCUAAUAGGAACGCCAGCAAUGUUCAAAUCUAUUAUGGUGAUGGUUAUGGAGGUUUUUCAACUUCAGAACCCAUAGCAACAGGAACUAAUUCAAAUCCGGUAGAAGUUGCUCUUAGUGAUAUAAAUAAUGACACAUACACCGAUAUCGUCGUGGUUGCCCAUGUACUCGCUGAAAUACAAAUCUUAUUGCAAAAUGCUGAUGGAUCAUUUCAAAAUGCGAUCGUUCUUCCCACUGGAAAUGGAUCUGGACCGUAUUUUCUAUCAAUUCAUGAUUUUAAUCGAGAUCAACAUGCCGACAUUGCUGUUGGUAAAGGUGAAGAUAACACUUUAUCCAUCUUUUUUGGCAAUGGCACAGGACAUUUCUCAAACUCAACAAAUUAUAACAUGGAACCAGGGUCAUACGCACUUACUGUUAAUUAUUUCAAUCGAGAUGAUAUAUUAGAUAUCGUUACAGGUAAUUAUGAUGAUGGUAGUACAACAAUUCUUUUUGGAAAUAGUGAUGGAACAUUUACCAAACAAAAACGAUUUUCUACGGGUGUUGGAUCUUUGCCAUAUGCGAUUGAUUCAAAUGAUUUUAAUAAAGAUCAUGCUCAAGAUGUUAUUGUGGCGAAUUCAGGUACAAAUAAUAUUGGAAUAAUGCUCGGGAAUGGAAAUGGAAAUUUUUUGAUGCAAAAAACUUUCGCUACGGGAGCAAAUUCUGAACCAAGAGAUGUGAUUACUGGAGAUUUUAAUGGGGACAAUCGAAUCGACUUUAUCUCUGCAAAUUAUAGACAAAAUUCAAUAGGAAUAUUUUUAAGCACGUGUUAUAAUAAUCUUGUUGAAUAG